GCGGGCUGCUCAUUCUUCGUUUCAAUUAAAAAAUUAAACAAAGACAGAAAGGCACAUUGUGUAAUGCCAAGUAACUGUCAGUGAAACUAUUAGGAAAUUUAGAGUGUGUUUUCUGUCCUGCAGGACUACAGCAUUUAAAUUGCACGUUACCACAUGGCGUUGUCACACCGUUAAAAAGGUCAUUGGUGUAUUUAGAUUUGUUUGAGACUUAAAUAAAAUAAUGGACCUUCAAGGUCGCUAGCAUUAUUUCAGUCGAGUGUUUAAUUCUGAAACGUAUUUGUUCUUAUGUGUGUGGCAGAAUAUUUUGAUUGGCGGGGGAUGAUAAUCGCUGAAAAGAAAGGUUCGUUUUAAAUGCUGCUUUGCGUCAGUUUGUAGUACAGUAUCCAAAAGCUUUCCAUCAGAAACUGUGUCCGAUCAGAAGCGUGUUUUUAAACGGCGCACUUUUUAGUCUUGGUGGACGCACAUGUUCUCUCAUGACAAAGGAAACCAUAGCCUAGUACUUACAGAAGGCGAGGGAGGGAAGUUCGUUUAAAGUCCAUUGUUCUGCAUGUAGCCUUGGGAGACUUUCAUGACUGGUAAAGUCAGAUGUUACGUGUGUGUAGUCCAGUACAUUGGCACAAUAGGUUCUUAACAAUUCUUUAAUUCUAAUCUCACGGAAGGUGGUGUGAUCAUGAGUGGUAGAUGAUUCAAUCAUGCUAUUAGUUAAGUAGGUGUUAAGAGCGAGUGCAGUCAUCAUACCAGCCAUCGUCAUAGCUUGUUCAUAUCCUGUUUUGAUUUGCUUAACAUGUGAAGUAGUUCACAUCCACCAGUAUUUUAGGAGACGUAAAAUCAGAACAGUUGUAAUGAAGGCUAAACCAGUGGACUGUAUGACUGUGGCAACGAUCAUCUCCUUCAAGGAUCUCAUUUGAAGUUAGCUACUUUGAAGAGACUCAUUUUGGCUGUGCUGGUUACAUGCCUCUUGUAUUCACAGGGAGCCAGGUUAUGUUGACAGACUGGAUUUCGGCGUAAAUUUUGUAAAUUCAGCUCCUUAGAGAUCUGACUGUUACUUCGAAAUGAAGGAAGAGAUAGAAGCUGGAGUUGCUUUCAUCUGCAAUCUGAUGUUAAAAAAUGUAGAAGAUGAGACUGUCAGAAUAUUUACAGAAAAGCUGAGAGACAUCCUCUGUGAAAGGUACAAGGGCCACUGGUAUCCCAAUAAUCCCAGCAAAGGCCAAGCUUACAGGUGCAUCAGAAUUAACAGGAAACAGAGACCAGAUGAGUCCUUGCUCCAGGCAUGCAGAGAGAGUGAUGUAGACUACUACCAACUUAAGUUACCAAAGGAGUUGACACUUUGGAUUGAUCCAGGUGAAGUUUGUUGUCGCACUGGUGAAUCAAGUGGCUAUUUCACAAUUGCUUGCUUUCAUGAAAAACAAACAGAAGAAACUAAUACAGAAUUCUCACCAGAGCUUAUUGAACAGGAGACUUCAGACUACCACUCUGAGAACUCAUCAGAGUGUCCUUCUGAGAGCUCAACAGAUGAUGAAAGCAGUGGCAAUGAACUGGUUUCCAGUCCUAAACCAGUCAUCGGUGCUUCGAACACAAAAUCUCAGGCUGUGGAAUAUUACUAUCAUCCAGCUCCAUUUUGGUCACCCUUUCGGAGGAGAGUGGUGACUUAUGUGCCACUGUACCAACCAGUAAUUGGCUAUUAUAUCAUCCCCAAGGUAAGGAAGUUGUAUUGCAAUCCCACUAACUUCCUUAUGCCCCAAGGCAAACAUUACAACAAGAGGACUACCAAGCGCUGAAAGUUUCAUUGCUACACCAAACUGAGAACUAACUGGAUCUCGUAUUGUUGAAGAGAUGCAGCUAAACUAAACAAAAUCACUCCCCAAGAGCUUUUUAUAGCCUUUAUAAACCUUGAGGCAGAACGGUCUCCCGUGGCCAGCAUUGCCUUCCUGUUACCUAAAUAGAAUACCCUACAUUUAGGACUUACAUGAGCCAUAGUUUAGUCAUGUAAGGUGUGCACACAGUUUGGGGGUAUACUUUGGAUCUUGAUGAGUCUUCUAAAAAUGCAUCGUAAUCUAGUUUGUGUGUAAUGCUUGCAGCUCCCAUAAGUAUGACACACCUUUACUGAUGGUCCAUCUAAAUUUUUAAGAACAAGCUGGAUGAAGCUUUGACUUUGGGCACCCAAGUCUGUGAUUUACAAGAAGAUGCAUCAUUUGCAGAAAUGUACGACCAAAGCCUAGCAUUUUUAACUGCUGUACAUCUUUUGAAGACAUAAACUGCAUUUAAUGUUUCUUCAUAAUUCAUCAAAACACACUAUGGGCAUUAGUGCCUCUGGGUAUGCUUAUUAUGAAUUUAACUGGAUAAAGUGACAAGCUGACACCUUCAGAAACCAGUGUGGUGCUAAGUAAAGUUUCUUCAGAGAUUCUCAAAGUGACAUCAUUGUGAAAAUCGCACAUCUUCAGACUUGUUGAACCAAAAUAGUCUGCAUUUUCACUGGCAUUCAUUCAUCAGUUUUAAAUGUCUUUUCGUUCUUGUUGCCUGGUGGAAAAUUGUUGCUUGUUCUUCUUGGGGGGGGGGGGGGGCAUUGAAGUAUGAUUUUCAUGUAAUUUUUAACAGAUAUACAAAGAUGAGUUAGUCUGUCUGCUGGUCAUGUAUGCGUUGGACUCCAGUGAAACAACAGAUGUAUGAAAUCGUGAUGUUUCAGGAUAUUGUCUACCUGGACUGUGGGCACAGGCAUGUGCUGCUAUGGAUGCACCUACUACAGGGUAGAAGGUUUAUUAUGCAUUUUGGCCUCAUAUUGUAGGUUUUUAUUUUUGCUGCUGUUUUAUUAAUGUGCAAGUGCCUUCUUAAAGAAAUUGAUCAUUCUCUGACUUUCCUUGGGUACUUCUUAAUCGGCAAAUGAGCUUCAAUGAUCAGCACCAAAGAUACUCAUUUGCUGCAAUUCUUAGCUUAUUGUUUGCUUAAGGAAUUUACGAGACACUGUGUUGUGAAGUUGGGGGGGGGGGUGGUAUGAACUGUCUGGAGAAGUAAAAGAAACGUCUGUUUUACGCUUUCCAUUAACUGACUCUCUACCUUUCAGGCUAGCAUGGUGCUAAUUCAUUCCUGUCUUCUCAGGGUAUAUAUAUAUAUAUAUAUAUAUAUAUAUAUAUAUAUAUAUAUAUAUAUAUAUAUAUAUAUAUAUAUAUAUAUAUAUAAUGAAUAAUCUACAUGCAUAUAUUUAUUGUACAUAAUAAUAGUGAUUGUAUUUGAAUGAGAAAAGGAAGUGGUGCUCAGAUGUGUUUACAUGCAUUUUGAUCUGUAGCUUCUGGAAGCAUGCACAUAAUCAUUGGAAUUAGCCAUUUAUAUUUGUGCCUUUAUAGUUUAUGAUGCAGUCUUUUUACUAACAUGUAGAGUAUUGGGGUUUUC